CGCGGGCGGGCGGGAUGCCCCGCGGCCGCCGCACUUCGGCCCGAGCGCUGCCCUGAGCGGGGCCGGCCGUGCGGCCGCCGCGGGCGCCAUGGAGCAGUGGCGGCAGUGCGGCCGCUGGCUCAUCGACUGCAAGGUCCUGCCGCCCAACCACCGGGUCGUGUGGCCCUCGGCCGCGGUCUUCGACCUGGCGCAGGCGCUGCGCGACGGCGUCCUCCUGUGCCAGCUGCUGCACAACCUCUCCCCCGGCUCCAUCGACCUCAAGGACAUCAACUUCCGGCCGCAGAUGUCCCAGUUCCUGUGCUUGAAGAACAUUCGCACCUUCCUGAAAGUCUGCCACGAUAAGUUUGGACUCCGAAACAGCGAGCUGUUUGACCCCUUCGACCUCUUCGAUGUCCGAGACUUUGGGAAGGUCAUCUCUGCCGUGUCCAGACUCUCCCUGCACUACGUGGCCCAGAACAAAGGGAUCAGGCCCUUUCCCUCGGAGGAGACCGCAGAGAACGACGAUGAUGUCUACCGCAGCCUGGAGGAGCUGGCGGAUGAGCAUGACCUGGGGGAAGACAUCUACGACUGUGUCCCGUGCGAGCACGAGGGAGACGACAUCUACGAGGACAUCAUCAAGGUGGAGGUGCAGCAGCCCAUGAAGAUGGGCAUGUCCGAGGACGACAAGAGAAACUGCUGCCUGCUGGAGAUCCAGGAGACCGAGGCCAAGUACUACCGGACGCUGGAGGACAUUGAGAAGAACUACAUGGCCCCGCUGAGGCCAGUGCUGAGCCCGGCGGACAUGACGGCCAUCUUCAUCAACCUGGAGGACCUAAUUAAAGUGCAUCACAGCUUCCUGCGGGCCAUCGACGUGUCCAUGAUGGCCGGGGGCAGCACCCUGGCCAAAGUCUUCCUUGACUUCAAAGAGAGGCUCCUGAUCUACGGGGAAUACUGCAGCCACAUGGAGCACGCCCAGAACACGCUGAACCAGCUCCUGGCCGGCCGGGAGGACUUCCGACAGAAGGUCGAGGAAUGCACGCUGAAGGUCCAGGACGGGAAGUUCAAGCUUCAAGACCUGCUCGUGGUCCCCAUGCAGAGGGUGCUCAAAUACCACCUCCUCCUGAAGGAACUUCUGAGCCAUUCCACUGAUCGGCCUGAGAGGCAGCAGCUCAAAGAAGCACUGGAAGCCAUGCAGGACUUGGCGAUGUACAUAAAUGAAGUAAAGCGGGACAAGGAGACUCUGAAGAAAAUCAGCGAAUUUCAGAGUUGUAUAGAAAACUUGCAAGUGAAACUGGAGGAAUAUGGGAGGCCGAAGAUUGACGGGGAGCUGAAGGUCCGGUCCAUAGUCAACCACACCAAGCAGGACAGGUACUUGUUCCUGUUUGACAAGGUGGUCAUCGUGUGCAAGAGGAGGGGCUACAGCUAUGAGCUGAAGGAGGUCAUCGAGCUGCUGUUCCAUAAGAUGACCGACGACCCCAUGAACAACAAGGACGUCAAGAAGUGGUCCUACGGCUUCUAUUUAAUCCACCUCCAAGGAAAGCAGGGCUUCCAGUUUUUCUGCAAGACGGAAGACAUGAAACGGAAGUGGAUGGAGCAGUUUGAGAUGGCCAUGUCAAACAUCAGGCCAGACAAAGCCAACGCCAACCACCACAGCUUCCAGAUGUACACUUUUGACAAGACCACCAACUGCAAAGCCUGCAGGAUGUUCCUCAGGGGUACCUUCUACCAGGGCUACCUGUGCACCAAGUGUGGCGUCGGGGCGCACAAGGAGUGUCUGGAAGUGACACCUCCCUGCAAGAUCAGUUCUCCUGCAGACCUGGACGCCUCAGGAGCAGGACCGGGUCCCAAGAUGGUGGCCGUGCAGAAUUACCAUGGCAACCCUGCUCCCCCCGGGAAGCCAGUGCUGACCUUCCAGACGGGCGAUGUGAUCGAGCUGCUGAGGGGCGACCCUGAGUCUCAGUGGUGGGAGGGUCGGCUGGUGCAGACCAGGAAGUCAGGCUACUUUCCUAGCUCGUCCGUGAAGCCCUGCCCUGUGGAUGGAAGGCCACCCGUCAGCCGGCCGCCCUCGCGGGAGAUUGACUAUGCGGAAUACCCCUGGUUCGCGGGCAACAUGGAGAGACAGCAGACGGACAACCUGCUGAAAUCGCACACCAGCGGGACCUACCUGAUCAGGGAGCGGCCGGCCGAGGCGGAGCGCUUCGCCAUAAGCAUCAAGUUCAAUGACGAGGUGAAGCACAUCAAGGUGGUGGAGAAGGACAGCUGGGUCCACAUCACGGAAGCGAAGAAAUUCGAAAGCCUCUUGGAGCUGGUGGAAUACUAUCAGUGCCACUCCCUCAAGGAGAGCUUCAAGCAGCUGGACACCACGCUCAAGUACCCAUACAAGUCACGGGAGCGCGCGGCCACCAGGGCCUCCAGCCGGUCCCCAGUGUUCACACCUCGUGUCAUCGGCACAGCCGUGGCCAGGUACAACUUUGCAGCCCGGGACAUGCGUGAGCUCUCGCUGCGGGAAGGCGACCUGGUGAAGAUCUACAGCCGCAUUGGCGGGGACCAGGGCUGGUGGAAGGGCGAGGCCAACGGACGGAUCGGCUGGUUUCCGUCGACGUACGUAGAGGAGGAAGGCAUCCAGUGACCACAGCCACGUGGACAGGACUCGUGGGUUUUCUCGGAAGAGUCCAGCUCUGACGUCUGUCUCUAGUUCUGUGACUCAGAGGGGACAUGCCCGCCAACCUUCCAGUCUUCAGCAGCCCAUGGGGAUGGGAGAGAAUCCCACGUGCGAACCGGCCCCCCGUCAGUCUGCCCUCGGUGGCCCGUCCUGGGUACGCUGCUUGUACAUAGAGGGCUGGGCCGGCCCUGUCAUGACGGCCACCACCGGAGCGCCGAGGGGAGGGAGCGCCCCGGGCGUCCUGAGCCAGGUUCUGGGCGACAGCUGAGGCCAGAGCUCACCUGGCCCCUGUCCUGUUGAAACGGCAUCAAGGAGCCCAGGUCUGAACGGUGGGUGCUCGCCCAGGGAGGACGGGGACUACAGAGGGGACCUUCCCCCCAGCCCCGUCUGCUCAGCCCGGAACACUCAGCCUGCCUGCUUCCUGCUGCUCCCAGGGGGGCAGCCUCGGGCCUAGGGGGUCAGAAGGGACCAGAGCUGGGCCGUUUGCCGCAGCCCCUGCUCAGCCCCGGCUGUGCUCAGGUGUAGCAGGAGGGAGCACUGCGAAGGCGUCCGCGCAGGCCCCCUUGACCUCCUCGCGACCCUCCCACUAGGGGUAUGCAGGCACUGCCCAGGGCGGGGGGGGGGAGUCCCUCUCAGGAAGGAGCCCAAGCGAAGGACGAAGGGGCGGAGCCUCCUCCCCAGUCAACGGUACUGCCCCCGCCCCGAGUCCCGGGAGUGUGUCUGUCCUGUCCUGCUGUCAGGCGGAUACACCUUUCGUAAACCCCGACGUGGGCCCGGCCCCUGCUACUCGCACUCCUCUCCGGAAGGAGGUCCCCCGGGCCCACCAGCAGGUGGCCGCCCCCGGGUCUCCUGUGUCGUGCGCGUGGCUCCUGCGGGGCCCCCAGCCUUCGCCCAGGUGCCGGUGCCUCCGCCCCCGCAAGUCUUCCUCCUGCAGCCCGUGAACUUGGCCGUGGCCAGCUCCAAAUAAGUGCUCUUGGGGGUGGCCCUACCCCCUGAACUCCCCUUCCGGACUCCUGGCCUUUGGCCUCUGGCUGUCUCGCCCACACCCUUUUCUCUGCCUGGAUGUUGCAUGAGACCUAGGGGCGCCGUCACCCCUCGAGCUCUGUGCCGCAGCUGCUGGUGAGACCCGGGCUGUGCUGUGUGUGUCCCCUGCCCCUUGAUCAGCUGCCCUGCCUGCUGCAGGGGGCGGGGACCAGGCAAGCCCCGGCAUGGGGAAGCCUAGCUCCUGCUGCACCCUGGGCUCCCUCUGAGGUCAGCCACGUGGCCUCCAGGCUCGACUCCCGCACACAGUGUCCGGCCCGGGGAGGAGGCAGGGAGGGGUUGGGGGCAGUUAGACGCCAGGGGAAGAGCGAAGGUGGUCUGCAGAGGCUUGAGAUGCGAGCAUGAACAGGAUCGUGUUUGGGGGCAGAGGGCUGAGAGGAGGGAAGCGGAGAGUUGGCCUCGGGGAGAGCAGCCCCGCGUCCCCACCAUCAGGGCGCACCCGGCACUUUGCACGCAGCCCGCGGCUCCCACGGCCACAAGCCUAGGGUUGGGGGCGGUGGGGAGAAACCAGCCGGCCCCUUUCGUGUUUACUGUUGUCAAAAAGGUUCUGUUUUUGUUGUUUUGAUCGUUUUGUUUUCGGUUUGGCUUGUUUUUUAAGGGAAAAAACAGUUUGUAAUUAUUUCACCCAGAGUUCCCAUUAUGUAUCUGUGAAUAAUAAGGAAGAUAUUUGAUGAGAGCAGGAAAGUGAUGUAUAUUUGAGACCCUCAUGGAACAAGGCGUCACGGCAACGAAGGAUGCUGAGAAAACAAUUGAGAACCUGGUUUCUGUGAA